AUGGAAGCUUUACUGGUUUCAUCAUUCUUCUUCUUCUUCUUAACAAUAAUUUGUUCUCAUUUUGUAAACCAUUCAAAUUCAUUAAGCAGAGCUGAUUUCCCAGAUGGGUUUGUAUUUGGAACUGCUUCCUCAGCUUAUCAGUUUGAAGGUGCUGUUGAUGAAGGGAAUAAAGGACUCAGCAUUUGGGACACUUUUAGCAAACUCCCAGGAAGGAUUCUUGAUUUCAGCAAUGCAGAUACUGCUGUUGAUCAAUAUCAUCGAUUUCAGAAUGAUAUAGAAUUGAUGAAGGAUCUGGGAAUGGAUGCAUAUAGACUCUCCAUAUCGUGGUCAAGAAUUUUUCCAAAUGGUACUGGAAUGCCAAAUCAAGAAGGAAUAGAACACUACAACAGUUUGAUAACUGCAUUAUUAAAGAAAGGAAUUGAGCCUUAUGUAACACUAUAUCAUUGGGAUCUUCCACAAGUAUUGGAAGAUAAAUAUGAUGGUUGGAUAAGCCAUAAGAUUAUAAGGGAUUUUGAGCACUAUGCAUUCACAUGCUUCCAAGCUUUUGGAGACAGGGUGAAGAAUUGGAUUACAUUCAACGAGCCGCAUAAUAUGGUAAUCCAAGGUUACGACUUAGGUGUUCAAGCGCCCGGAAGGUGCUCGAUUCUUGGACGAAUUCUUUGUAAGAAAGGGAAGUCAUCAGUUGAGCCAUAUAUCGCAGCUCAUAACAUCCUCUUGUCUCAUAUUGCCGCCUACACAACAUAUCAACGCCAUUUCAAGGAAACACAAGGAGGUCAGGUUGGUAUCGCGCUCGAUGUAAAAUGGUACGAGCCAUAUCAUGAUACAAAAGAGGAUAAGGACGCGGCAUCAAGAGCAUUGGAUUUUACACUUGGAUGGUUCCUUGAACCACUUCUCCUCGGGGACUACCCUCUUUCAAUGCGAAAAUUGGUUGGUGAAAGAUUACCAAAGGGUUCAAAUUCGUUCAAGAGGUCGUUAGACUUUGUCGGCAUCAAUCACUACACGAGUCUAUAUGCCCGAAACGAUAGAAUUGGGAUGAGGAAGUUCUUAUUCAACGACGCAUUGUCAGAUUUUUCUGUAAUAUCUUCAUCUUCAAGGCAUGGAAUUCCAAUUGGAGAAAGAGGUGGUAACUCUCGAUGGAUGCACAUUGUCCCGUGGGGAAUAAGGAAAGUCGUGAAUUACGUGAAAGACAAAUAUGGAAACUUGCCAUUGAUGAUUUCCGAAAAUGGCGUAGAUGAUCCAAAGAAUUCUCAUUUAUCUGUGAAAACGGCUUUGCAAGAUUUCAAGAGGAUAAGAUUUCAUGAAGACUAUCUAUCGAAUUUGUCUGCUGCCAUAAGGGAAGAUAAGUGCAAUGUGAAGGGCUACUUCAUUUGGUCAUUGCUCGAUAAUUGGGAAUGGAACAAUGGAUAUAGUGUGCGAUUCGGAUUAUAUUUCGUCGAUUACAAGAAUAAUCUUACAAGGAUACCCAAAGCUUCGGUAGACUGGUUGAAAGUUGUGUUAAGAAAACCUAUUGUAGAUGAAUGAAAAUUGAUGUAAAAUAUAUUCAAUU